UUUGAGCGGGUCAGUAUGUUGGUUAUCCUGUUAAACUGUGUGACGUUGGGAAUGUAUCAACCCUGUGAGAAAGUUGACUGUUCCUCUGAACGCUGUUAUAUACUGCAGGCCUUUGAUGCUUUCAUCUACAUCUUCUUUGCACUGGAGAUGGUGGUGAAGAUGUUUGCUCUGGGAAUCUUCGGUCAGCAGUGUUACCUGGGGGACACCUGGAACAGACUGGACUUCUUCAUUGUGAUGGCAGGGGUGGUGGAGUAUUCACUGGACCUUCAGAACAUCAACCUGACAGCCAUCAGAACUGUGAGAGUCCUGCGACCUCUGAAAGCCAUCAACAGAGUUCCCAGUAUGAGGAUCCUGGUGAAUCUGCUGUUAGACACUCUUCCGAUGUUGGGGAACGUGCUGCUCUUGUGUUUCUUCGUUUUCUUCAUCUUCGGGAUCAUCGGCGUGCAGCUGUGGGCGGGGCUUCUACGCAACCGUUGCUACCCGGAGGAGAACUUUACCCUCUCGACUGGUGUGGCACUUCCUGCUCCCUACUAUUCUCUUGAUGAGGAAGAUGAAAGGCCCUUCAUCUGCUCUCUGCCGCAGGAUAACGGCAUUAUGUCCUGCAACGACGUGCCAGCGCGCCGUGUGGCCGCACAUCAGUGCUGUCUGGAUGUAGAUGAUGUACUGCACCAUCAGGCGCUAGGUCUGCCCAUUGAGCCCAUCCUGAACGCCGGCGCUCUCGUACCCGGUCUCUGCGUUAACUGGAAUCGAUACUACACUCGCUGUGGCACGGGUCACAAAAACCCACACAAAGGAGCCAUCAACUUUGACAACAUCGGAUACGCCUGGAUCGUUAUAUUUCAGGUUAUAACUCUGGAGGGUUGGGUGGAAAUCAUGUAUUAUGUAAUGGAUGCCCAUUCUUUCUACAACUUUAUUUACUUUAUACUGCUUAUCAUAAUUGGUUCAUUCUUCAUGAUAAACCUGUGUUUGGUCGUCAUAGCGACACAGUUUUCGGAGACCAAACAGCGUGAACAUGAGCUGAUGCAGGAACAGCGUGCCGCAUGUCUGUCUUCCAGCACGAUGGCUGAACCCGGCGACUGCUACGAGGAAAUCUUUCAGCUCGUCUGUCACGUCUUGCGCAAGACGCAAAGACGCGUCGUCACUUUCUUUACAGCUUUUUGCCACAAACCACAGGAACGAAUGCCAUCUCAGGAGAAGCAGAAAGUCAAUGGAGGAGAGAUGAGCCUCCUGCAGCACGAUGAAGCAAGACAUGCGACCUCAGCAGCCAAUCAGCAGACAGAGGAGAAGAGGGUGGAGGAGGCGUAUCAAGGGCGUGGCCAUCAGCUAUGGAUGGACGUAAGGGUCAAACUUUGCACCAUUGUAGAGAGCAAGUACUUCAACAGAGGCAUCAUGAUCGCCAUCCUAAUCAAUACAAUCAGUAUGGGAAUAGAACACCAUGAGCAGCCUGAGGAGCUCACUAAUGUUCUGGAGAUCUGUAACAUCGUCUUCACCAGCAUGUUUGCUUUAGAGAUGAUGCUGAAACUCACAGCGUUUGGAUGCUUUAAUUACCUGCGUAAUCCUUACAACAGCUUUGAUGGAAUCAUCGUCAUCAUCAGUGUUUGUGAGAUCAUCGGGCAGUCUGAUGGUGGUCUUUCAGUUCUCAGGACGUUUCGUCUGCUGCGGGUUCUGAAGUUGGUUCGGUUUAUGCCAGCGUUGCGUAGACAGCUGGUAGUCCUGGUGAAGACCAUGGACAAUGUGGCCACAUUUUGCAUGCUACUGAUGCUUUUCAUCUUCAUCUUCAGUAUUCUGGGAAUGCAUAUAUUUGGCUGUAAAUUCAGUCUGAAAACAGAUACUGGAGACACCGUCCCAGACCGGAAGAACUUUGACUCUCUACUGUGGGCGAUCGUCACUGUGUUUCAGAUUCUCACACAGGAAGACUGGAAUGUAGUUCUGUAUAAUGGGAUGGCCUCCACAUCUCCUCUGGCAGCUCUUUACUUUGUGGCCCUCAUGACGUUUGGGAACUAUGUCCUGUUCAAUCUACUGGUGGCCAUACUGGUGGAGGGCUUUCAGGCUGAGGGAGAUGCCAACAGCUCAUAUACAGAUGAUGAGAGGUCUUCCUCUGAUGAAAGCGAGCAACCAAAAAACUCUCUCACAUUUUCUGAUCCUAAACUUUCCUCUUUCACUGCUAAUGGACAUCUUGAGUUGGCGCCGUUGACAGAAGGGAAGACCAGGACGAGUUAUUCUGAGGAAAAUUCCAGAAGCAGUGUGAUCAGUCUGAGCAGAAGAUCUUCAUCUCUGCGUGUUGGCCGCAGUUUACAUUACCACCACUGGGGGCGUCCUCCUCCUCAGUCGUCCUGGAGUCGGCGGUGCAGCUGGAACAGCGCGAGUCGUUCUGCUCGAGGUCUGAGGACGGGAGGGGGAAUCGGAGGCAGUUUACGAGUACGCAGCGUUCACUCGCAUCCCACAGAGCAUAAGUCACUGCUGCCGCACCCCCCUUUACUGUCCCGCCGAAACCGCCGAGCCCUCUCGCUGGAGCUGCCCGAUGUCCUGCAGCGCCCCCCUCUGCACCGGAAGAAGAGCAUCUCUGCAGAAAACCACGACUGUAACGGGAAAGGUCCGGGGCUGCUGCUCGGAGACAUUUAUCCUCAGCUCAAUACAAACAAAGACAAGAGCGACCUGUGCGAGGACACAGAAUAUAGUCUGUUUUCUCGCAUACAGAAGAUGAUGGAGGUGUAUCGUCCAGACUGGUGUGAGACGAGAGAUGAUUGGUCCAUUUAUUUAUUUUCCCCCCAGAACAAGUUUCGUCAACUGUGUCAGAUGAUUAUUGCUCAUAAGCUCUUUGACUAUGUGGUUCUUGUUUUCAUCUUUCUCAACUGCAUCACUGUUGCUCUAGAAAGACCCAGAAUUCAUCAGGGCAGUUUGGAGCGAGUCUUCCUCACCAUCUCCAAUUAUGUUUUUACUGCUAUCUUUGUGGCUGAGAUGACAGUAAAGGUAGUGUCUAAGGGUUUGUAUCUGGGCGAGCGAGCAUAUCUGCGCAGCAGCUGGAACAUUCUGGACGGUUUUCUGGUCUUUGUGUCCCUGGUUGACAUUGUGGUGUCAAUGGCAGGCGGAGCAAAGAUUCUGGGUGUGCUGAGAGUUCUCCGACUGUUAAGAACGUUGCGCCCCCUGAGGGUGAUCAGUCGAGCUCCAGGUCUCAAGCUGGUGGUGGAAACUCUCAUCACAUCGCUAAAGCCCAUCGGAAACAUCGUUCUCAUCUGCUGCGCUUUCUUCAUCAUCUUCGGCAUUCUGGGAGUUCAGCUUUUCAAAGGGAAGUUUUAUUACUGUGUUGGUUUGGAUGUGAAAAACAUCACAAAUAAGUCAGAUUGUCUUUCGGCCAAUUACCGAUGGGUCCAUCACAAGUACAAUUUUGACAAUCUGGGACAGGCUCUGAUGUCAUUGUUUGUGUUAGCGUCUAAAGAUGGAUGGGUAAAUAUCAUGUAUCACGGUCUGGAUGCUGUUGGGAUUGACCAGCAGCCCGUCAAAAACCACAACCCCUGGAUGCUGCUGUACUUCAUCUCGUUCCUCCUCCUCGUCAGUUUCUUUGUGUUGAAUAUGUUUGUUGGUGUGGUGGUGGAGAACUUUCAUAAGUGUCGUCAGCAUCAGGAGGUGGAGGAGGCCAGACGGCGAGAGGAGAAACGACUGAAGCGUCUGGAGAAGAGGAGGCGCAAGGCUCAGCGGUUGCCGUAUUACAGCUCAUACGGUCGUGUUCGUCUGAUAAUUCACUCGUUCUGCACCAGUCAUUAUCUGGAUCUCUUCAUUACUCUCAUCAUCUGCGUCAAUGUGGUCACCAUGAGCCUGGAGCAUUACAACCAACCACAGUCACUGGAGACGGCGCUGAAAUACUGUAAUUACUUCUUCAGCACAACCUUUGUGGUGGAGGCCGCAUUGAAAGUCAUCGCUUUUGGCUUUAGACGCUUCUUUAAAGACAGGUGGAAUCAGCUGGAUCUGGCCAUCGUUCUGUUAUCUGUCAUGGGUAUAACUUUAGAAGAGAUUGAGAUUAACGCUUCUCUACCCAUUAAUCCCACCAUCAUCAGAAUCAUGAGGGUUCUGCGGAUCGCCCGGGUUCUGAAAUUGUUAAAGAUGGCCACAGGAAUGAGAGCUCUACUGGAUACUGUUGUUCAAGCUUUACCACAGGUGGGGAAUCUGGGUUUGCUCUUCGUCCUCCUGUUCUUCAUUUAUGCAGCGCUUGGAGUCGAGCUGUUUGGGGAACUGGUGUGUAAUGUGGAAUAUCCGUGUGAAGGCAUGAGUCGUCACGCCACAUUUGAGAACUUUGGAAUGGCGUUCCUUACACUAUUCCAGGUAUCUACUGGAGACAACUGGAAUGGCAUAAUGAAGGACACGUUACGUGAAUGUCCACCGGGUGACAACUACUCCUGCAACGCUAGUCUGCAGAUCAUCUCGCCCAUGUAUUUUGUGAGCUUCGUGCUGACGGCUCAGUUCGUCCUGAUUAACGUGGUGGUCGCCGUGUUGAUGAAACAUCUGGACGACUCAAAUAAAGAAGCCCAGGAAGAUGCCGAGAUGGAGGCAGAGAUCGAGUUCGAGCUGGCGCAGGGUGGUUUGUGCUGUCUGGGCCGUCUGGACCGCCUCACCGGCGCGGACAAGGGCGAGAGACCCGGAGGAAUCAUAAGACAGAAACACACGGCUGCCGUCCACACACACAUGAACCAGAGUGGCCACACACCACACAGAGCAGCACAGGAUACGCAUCAUCAGAGAAAACUCUACUCACCUGCACAGGAGAGUCAGUGGUUAGAGAGCGUCUCUUUGCUCAUGAAGGAUUCAUUGGAUGGAGAAAUGCAGAUGAUUGAUAAUCUAUCAGGAUCUGUCUAUCAUCAUUACUGCUCUCCACCAAUCAGACGAGACAGCAGGAGCCAAUCAGGAGAGAUUUGUUUGGCUGAGGUUGAACAAACAUCUCUGAUCUCAGACCAGCUGUCAGAUAAAUCUUCAUGUGCAGCUCUGUCAGAUGACAUCAGUCUGGAUGAUGAUCACACACCUUAUCAGAUAAUAAUCAGAGACUAUAAGGAUAACCGGAGCAUCAGUGACUCUCACAGCACAGAAGUAUCAGUAAAGCAGAAUGAGAAAGCGUCUAACCUCAGGAGAGAAAGACAAGAUCAGAUUCAGUCCUCAUCUGAACAACAGAGCCCAGCUCAUACUGAAGAUGGAGGAAGAGGAGACAGCCCAACAUCUUCACCUCUCUUACAUCUACCAGCCGAGUUUUUCCACCCCAACACAGCUGUCAUUCCUCAGGGAAGCCUGGCGUCCGGUCCGGCUCAUGUGUGCUCCAGACACGCGUCUCCGGCCUCCUGGGCUUCUCUCAGGUCUCCAGGGGCCAACAGCAGGAUCAUGAGUCCACAGCAUUUGUUUCGCAGUAACUCCUCUCUGGCCGCAGGGAGUUCUGGAAGCCUGCAGACCAUGCUGGAGGAGAGCGUUUCUCCGUCAGGAGAUCUGACGCUCCCCUUGAUCUACCCCGACUCCAGAGCCCACGUCUCCCUGCCAGAGCUCACACAGAUAUCAGCUGGACAUCAGACCGCGGUUAACUACCAGUGGAACCGGCAGAGCAGAAGUGGUGACUGCACAAACCCCAACCGGAUCCGACCGAAUAUUUCCGAUAGGGCCGGAGGACGCGAUUGGGUGUUCAAUAGCGAACAGCUCUCGGAUGCUUUGAGUAGUUUCUCUUUGACUUCUUUAUUCUCACCCGACCCGCUGGCGCCCCCACUGACCAAGAAGUGCUACAGCACUGGAAGUUUAACGCACGGCGGUCUGGCCGUCAGAAAUAAAGACAGAAGGCGAGUUUAUGAACCAGUCCAAUGGAGCGUCGCUUCUGAUCAGCGGACUGAAGCAUCAUCAGGUAAGAACAGAGAGGAGACGCCUGCUGCUGUGAACACUGUAGACGCUAGAUGA